AUGUCCACAAAUGCUUGGGAAGAUACUUGGAGUGAACAGGGUCCCCUUAUCCAGUUGCUUUCGUAUAGGUUCAUCAAUGGCAAUGGGUUUCAUAAUAACUCUACAGUUUAUGAUCUCAUGCAACGAUUUGGUAAUGAGUGGCCGGAUGAAUGGGUACAACAAUUUCCCCAGUUGCAGCAUAUUAUGAUCCCAUCUCCUAGUCUUGAAGAAGAUACGAUUAGGUGGCUUGAACCUAACAAGAAUCGGCAGCUUUUUGAGGUGAAGGUGGUGUGGCAUACUUUGCAAGAAGUGGGUCAGGUUGUGCAUUGGCAUAAGGUGGUUUGGAAUAAAGCAUAUAUACCUAAACAUGCUCUCUGCAUGUGGAUGGCUUGUUAG